AUGCCAAAAGUAUGUUUUGUUUGCAAAAAAAACAAGGAAGGUAUUGCAAGUUUUGAAGUAACUAAACAAAGACUUGCAAGCUGGAGUAAAUAUAUUGAUGGGUUAAAUGUAGGUCACAGAAUUUGUGAAAACCAUUUUUCCCCAAAUUAUAUUAUAAAAAAAAAAAUUGUGAAGGACGGCUUAGGAAACAUCAUUGCAGAACAAAAGUAUAAAAAUGCUAUUCUUCUUCAGGGUGCCAUCCCCAGCAUUAAAUGUGAAAAUAUUAUACAAGAACUUGACACUAAUGAUGAUUUAGCUAUUCCCCUAGACAAGUCUGAAAUGAAACACAUUUAUACAAACAAAAGGUCAACAGCUUCAACAUAUGUGUUACCCGUACACAAUGAGACAAAAAGAAUUUGUUUGGAUUCUAAUAAUAUUGAUGCACAUAAAGUAUCAGAUAAUUUCAAUAAAAUAUUGAAUGAUAUGAACAGUAUUAUAGUUCCAUUUAAUUGGUCCAGGAUUCUCCCUGCUAACAAAAAAAUGGUCAUAUUUAGCAAAGUAUUUGUAAAUAAAGACGUAGAACUACCUUAUUUUGAAAGAUGUGUUAGUGUACACGAAGAUAUGACAAUUGAAUGCAGGUAUUUAAAUAAAAUUAUAAAUAAUUAUUCAAUUUUGAAUCAGUCAAAUAUGAGAGAACUAAAUAAUAUUCAAAAUCUGAUUUAUAAUUUUGAUUUGGCUAACAUGUGUAGUGGUGUAAAAAUACCUGAAGAAGACAGAAAGUACUUAACAAAGACAACUUACAAAGAUACAUCGGAUAGUUUCAGACACAUUAAUUGCUCAUUAAUUUUAAAUACAACAGUAUCAAAUCCAAUUGAUCUUAAGGCAAUAAACAAAAAUAAAAAACCAGAAAAUUGUAAAUUUUGUAAAAAAAUAUUGAAUUUGAUAAAAGAAAAAAAAUCUAGAUCACCAAGGUUAAAACGAAUACACAUCCAAGUUACUCCUAGCAAAAAGUUAAAAUUAAAAGCCCUUCGUAACCGCAAUAAACUUAAUACAGAGUCAAAAAAAAGAAUUCAAAACAAAUUAUCUAAAAUACUCAUUGAAUUUAAGGAAUUGAAAAUUAAAUUUAGAAGUUUAGAACAUGAUACAAUAGUUGAAAAAUUAAUUAAAAACAACACUCCUCCAAAUCACUUGUUGUUAAUAAAAGAAAUAUUUGCUGCAGCAGAAAAAAAGGGCCCUAAAGGAAAUAGGUAUACUGAGGAUUGGAUAAUGUUGUGUAUGCUACUCCACAUCAGGUCUCCAUCUGGGUAUUCAUUUAUGAGAGAAAAUAAAUUACUCCCCUUGCCAUGUAUCAGGUCCAUUAGAAAUUAUCUGCAAUUAAUUAAAACAUCUUGUGGUUUUGACGAACAAUUUUUACAACUAUUUGCAAAACACCUAGAAGGAAAAGAAGAAUAUCAAAAACAUGGUUUACUAAUUUUUGAUGAAAUAUCCUUACGCCAGAGUAUUUCUGUUAACACCAAGACUCUAACAUAUUCCGGACUGAUUGAUUUUGGGAGUGAAGAUUUACCAAAGGCAAAUGACUUGAGUGAUAAAGCAACUCAUGGCUUAGUGUUUAUGUUUCAACCUUUGGCUGACUCAUACACUCAGCCAAUUGCUGUGUUUGCCUCAAAAGGUCCAGUAGCAGGUUUAACACUAACUCAGUUAAUUAUAAAAGCAGUAGUUUUAUUGGAAAAUGCUGGAGCAAAAGUGCAUGGGUUAGUGUCUGAUGGUGCCCAAACAAAUAGGAAAGCGUGGAAAGAGUUAGGAAUUCGUGGCCAUCUGAAUGACUGCCAAAGCCACGUAGAACACUUCGUUGACAGUAGUAGGAAAUUUUUUGUAUUUUCAGAUACUCCACAUCUGAUUAAAAAUGUUCGCAAUCGUUUAUACAAUAACAAAGAAUUAUUGGUAAAUCCAACUGAAGGUUUGGUGAAAUGGAAACACUAUGUUUUAUUGCACGAACAUGAUAAAAAUAUAUGUGACAGCCAACUAAGAGUGUGCCCCAAAAUUUCAGACAAUCAUUUGAAAUUAUUGAAUUCUUGUUUGAAAAUGCGUGUCCGCCUAGCCACCCAAGUAUUCAGUAAGUCUAUGGCUGAUGGACUAAGAUUCUAUCAGAAGCAUAAAGUUCCUGGGUUAGAACACUGUGAUGCCACAAUUAAUUUCACUCUAAUUAUGAACAACAUGUUUGAUGCCUUAAAAUGGCUGGAUGAUUGGGAGGCUCGGACUGGAGUUGAUGUCACUGAUAAUCAAUUCUUAACAAAAAGUACUUCUGAAGGUUUACGUGUAACACUGAACUCUUGUAUUGAAUUAACAGAUUACUUAAUAGACAAAUUUGGAUUUAAAUAUGUUCUAUCUGGAAAAAUAAACCAAGAUGCACUUGAAAGAUUUUUUGGUACAGUUCGAAUGGCAUCUGGGGCUAAUGACCACCCUGCCACCCCUACCUUCCUUCAAGUAUAUAAAUUACUUUCUGUAUAUUCUAUUAUAAAACCUCCAAAAUAUGGCAACUGUUCUAUCAAUAUUAUGGACCCUGGAUCCAAUCUAAUACGUUUAUCAGACAUCACGAGUAUAUAUCAUAAUGAUAAAAAAUCACCGACAGCCUUAGAAAACUUGAAAAACAAGCUAGAUACAUUAAUUGACGAUGGAACAUGGGAAUUCACUGACAUCAUUGAACAUGAUUACGCUCAUGCACAAGUAAUUGACUGCUUAAAAUAUUAUAUCACCGGUUACUUGUGUUUUCAAAUUGGCAAAAAGACACAAUGUGUUACAUGCAAGCAAGCAUUUGUCACACACUUGCCACCUACAAAUAAUGUUAAUGCAGCAGAAUUAACAAACUUAAAAUCAAAAGGAAAACUUACUCACCCAAAUAUUAUAUUUUUUAAAUUCAUAAGUGCUGUAGAAGAUUGCUUUAUGAAAAAUAUUAAGAGCCCAGACGUCUAUAAUAAAACUGUAGAUGAUUUAAUUGAACAUUUUCAAAGAUUUAAUUUUCCAUGUCCCAAACACAAAUAUGAGAUUUUUGCCUAUGCAAUUAAGUAUUACUUGAGUAUGCGAAUGAAACAAUGGUCAAGAACAGUGAAUCGGGAAAUUGUUAAAACGAACACAAAGAAGAAAAAACUAGCAAAAUUUUGUACAACAUAG